UGCCUAGUGUGGGUCCCAGGAUGUCUAGCUUCUGAUACUAGGAAGCCCUUUCAGAUCCAGGGACUGAAGGGUUAUUACUGUGGUGCUAGAGCUAUGCAGCUGGAGCAUUGUCUUUCUCCCUCUAUCAUGCUCUCCAAGAAAUUUCUCAAUGUGAGCAGCAGUUACCCACAUGCAGGCGGAUCUGAGCUUGCCUUGCAUGAUCAUCCCAUUAUCUCGACCACUGACAACCUGGAGAGAAGUUCACCUUUGAAAAAAAUUACCAGGGGGAUGACGAAUCAGUCAGAUACAGACAAUUUUCCUGACUCCAAGGACACACCAGGGGACGUCCAGAGAAAUAAACUCUCUCCCGUCUUGGACGGGGUCUCUGAGCUUCGUCACAGUUUCGAUGGAUCUGCUGCAGAUCGCUAUCUGCUCUCUCAGUCCAGCCAGCCCCAGUCUGCUGCCUCUGCUCCUAGUACCAUGUUCCCUUAUCCCAGCCAGCAUGGACCUGCUCACCCAGCCUUCUCCAUCGCCAGCCCCAGCCGCUACAUGGCUCAUCAUCCUGUGAUCACCAACGGAGCUUAUAACAGCCUCCUGUCCAACUCUUCUCCGCAAGGCUACCCCACGGCGGGCUACCCGUACCCCCAGCAGUAUGGUCAUUCCUACCAAGGGGCACCUUUCUACCAGUUCUCCUCCACCCAGCCGGGGCUGGUUCCCGGCAAGGCUCAGGUCUACCUGUGCAACAGGCCACUCUGGCUGAAAUUUCACCGGCACCAGACGGAGAUGAUCAUCACGAAGCAGGGAAGGCGCAUGUUCCCUUUCCUAAGCUUUAAUAUUUCUGGUCUCGACCCUACGGCUCACUACAAUAUUUUUGUGGAUGUAAUUUUGGCGGACCCCAAUCACUGGAGAUUUCAGGGAGGCAAAUGGGUUCCUUGCGGCAAGGCGGACACCAAUGUACAAGGAAACCGGGUGUAUAUGCAUCCCGACUCCCCCAACACGGGAGCCCACUGGAUGCGUCAGGAAAUCUCCUUUGGGAAACUAAAACUUACAAACAAUAAAGGAGCGUCAAACAACAACGGGCAGAUGGUGGUUUUGCAGUCCCUUCACAAGUACCAACCUCGCUUGCAUGUGGUGGAGGUGAACGAAGACGGGACGGAGGAUACCAACCAGCCGGGAAGAGUGCAGACAUUCACGUUCCCCGAGACGCAGUUCAUUGCCGUCACCGCCUACCAAAACACCGAUAUCACACAGCUGAAAAUAGACCACAACCCUUUCGCAAAAGGAUUCCGAGACAAUUAUGACACGAUCUACACGGGCUGUGACAUGGACCGACUGACGCCUUCCCCCAACGACUCGCCCCGCUCGCAGAUCGUGCCCGGGGCCCGCUACGCCAUGGCCGGCUCUUUCCUCCAGGACCAGUUCGUGAGUAACUACGCCAAGUCCCGCUUCCAUCCCGGGGCAGGAGCCGGCCCGGGGCCCGGCGCCGACCGCAGCGUGCCCCACACCAACGGGCUGCUCUCCCCACAGCAAGCCGAGGACCCGGGGGCCCCCUCGCCGCAGCGCUGGUUCGUCGCCCCCGCCAACAACCGCCUCGACUUCGCCGCCUCCGCCUACGACACGGCCACCGACUUCGCCGGCAACGCGGCCACGCUGCUCUCAUACGCGGCCGCGGGCGUCAAGGCGCUGCCGCUGCAGGCGGCCGGCUGCGCCGGGCGGCCGCUGGGCUACUACGCCGACCCCUCGGGCUGGGGGGCCCGCAGCCCCCCGCAGUACUGCAGCAAGUCGGGCUCCGUGCUCUCCUGCUGGCCCAACAGCGCGGCGGCGGCGCGCAUGGCCGCCGGCAACCCCUACCUGGGGGAGGAGGCGGAGAGCCUGGCCCCCGAGCGGUCCCCCUUGCCGGGCGCCGAGGACUCCAAGCCCAAAGAUUUGUCCGACUCCAGCUGGAUCGAGACGCCGUCGUCCAUUAAGUCCAUCGACUCCUCCGAUUCUGGGAUUUACGAGCAGGCCAAAAGGAGGCGGAUCUCCCCCUCGGACACCCCGGUGUCUGAGAGCUCCUCGCCCCUCAAGAGCGAGGUGCUUACCCAGCGGGACUGCGAAAAGACCUGCGCCAAGGACAUCGGCUAUUACGGCUUCUACUCGCACAGCUAG